AAGAGAACGCGAGUGGGUGGUCGUCUCGCCGUUCUUUUCCCUCUGCCUCAUUGCUCCUUUGCACAUCCAAAGCCCAACUCAUGUAUAGGAAGGUGUUCUUGACGAAGAUAAGUGUGUGCCUUAACACAUUCCCUUACCACAAGGAAUACGGGCUAACAGAUGGUUAUAGUGACUCAGUUGUGUUGUGGAUGAGGAAUUAACUCCUUUUUCGCUUAUUUGAAACGCAAAGAAACGAAGACGACAAACGUCUGCCUGUUGUGUCCAGAAAAAAAUAAACUCUAACAAUUGACGUGAACUUUCGGCAACUGCCAGAAUAAACAUUCUUUGCUAAGUAACUGAUAUCAGACAAACCGCAAGCAAUAAUCUUGCUUGAGAGAAAAGUAAGAAAGAAAACCUCAGAGACACUGCACGUCCACCCUGGGCUUUGAGAGAAGUUCCCUGCCAUCUUUGCUCCGCUGUUUACGUGGUUGUCACGGCCGUGGUACGCAAGUUGAAAGUGGAUGGAUUGCGGAAAUAGCAGUCAACCGAGCUUCCGAGUUGGAGCAGUUAUUGCGGUCUGAAGCUGACAUUGAAAGAUUAGUAAGACCAGCGAAGGUCAAGCUGAUGAUGACCUACGUCACUAGGACAGGUGUAUAAAUAUCGCGUCCAGUGCCAGGCAUCGACAGUCACUUGGGAGCUGUGGGAACGACACAACGAGGAGAGUGAGGCAUUAAGGGAGAGAAAAAAACAUACAAAUAAGAAACAGAAAACAAUUCAGAUCAUUAAAUAAACUCAAUCACAGACUUCGGAUUUUUAUUUUUUUUCUGAAAGAUCAUUUUUCUCUGUGAAUUUCUACAAGACGAAACCCAAAAAAUACCUGAAAGAAAUUUACAAGUAGACCUCCCCGAAAACAUUAAUCGACUGUAGAGCCGUUUCUCGAAAGCACAGCAGUCGACCAACAAAGCAGGGAGAGCGAGGUGUUCCCCUACUGGGCUGCGAGGAGAGCAUGGCCCCUACCCCUACCAUGGAGCCCUCCAGCGGGGAAGAAGAGUGGCGCAGGAUGACCAGGGAGCACCCGGUCAUGAGGAUGUCCAGGAAUGAUAAAGAAGCCGGAAUGGAUUAUGUCAACAUUCCCCAUGUUGUUGCCAUGGUGGGUCUACCUGCUCGUGGCAAGACCUACAUCGCCAUGAAGUUGGCAAGGUACCUUAACUGGGUCGGCCUUCCUACAAAAGUGUUCAAUGUUGGGGAUUAUCGCCGUCGGGCUAUUGGGAGCUACCAAGGCCACGAUUUCUUCCACCCGAGAAAUCGCGACGGCACCAACAUCAGGAAUAAAUGUGCACUGGAUGCUCUUCAGGAUGUGUGUGAGUUCCUUCAGUCUGGGGGGAUGAUUGCUGUAUAUGACGCAACCAACACAGGCAGGGAACGACGGGAGCUGAUCCACCACGUUGUCUGCCAGCGUAUGGGAUACAAGCUCUUCUACAUCGAGUCGAUUUGCAAUGAUCCGUCUAUCAUUGAAACCAACAUCAUGGAAUGCAAAGUGACCAACCCAGACUACACCAACAUGGAGAAAGAAGAUGCAGUGAAGGACUUCCUCAAACGCAUCGAGCACUACCGCAUCUCCUAUGAGACGCUGGACGAGGAAGAGGAAAGCCAGUACAGUUUUAUGAAGAUCUUUGAUGCUGGUCGCCGUGUUGUGGUACACAAGCAAGAGGGACACAUCGAAAGUCGGAUUGCAUACUAUCUCAUGAAUAUUCAUAUCACACCACGAUCUAUUUACCUCACUAGGCAUGGAGAGUCGCUUUACAACCAGCUGGGCCGCAUUGGGGGUGACACGGACCUUUCGCACCGUGGCCGCCAGUAUGCCAAUGCCAUGGCAAAGUUCAUCAGCGGGCAGAACAUUCCAAACCUCCGCGUGUGGACAUCAUGCAUGAAGAGGACAAUUCAGACUGCAGCCGGUAUCAGUGCACCCCAGGAGAGGUGGAAGUCCCUCAAUGAGAUCGAUGCUGGUAUUUGUGAAGGGUUGACAUAUGAAGAGAUCCAGGAACAGUACCCAGAAGAAUUUGCCGCUCGUGACCAGAACAAAUACUCCUACAGAUAUCCUCGAGGAGAAUCCUACGAAGAUGUAGUUGUGCGACUGGAGAGUGUGAUCAUGGAGUUGGAACGGCAGGAGAAUGUGCUGGUCGUUGGGCACCAAGCAGUCCUGCGAUGCGUGCUGGCCUACUUCCUCGACAAAACUGGUGCUGAGCUCCCCUACUUGAGAGUUCCUCUACACACGCUAAUCAAGCUCACACCGCAAGCGUAUGGGUGCAAAGUGGAGUUCUUCAAGAUCCCCAUCGACUGUGUGGACACACACCGAUCCAAGCCUCUCGACUGCAGGAUUGGCAGGAACGCCCAGGACGCUCUCAUCACAGUCCCCUCGCACUACUAAGCCCUCAUCCCCCUCACAGCAUUCAUUGUCUUCAUCAGCAAAAAUUCCUCACACUUGCAUCGGAUUUUGGUGAGAGGAGGAAUCUUCCCACUGUCCUAGUAUCAUCUGCAUCAGCUCUUGGUAAAAACUUAAUUAGGAGGAUAGUCUUUCCUGAAGUUGGAGGAGGACUUUUAGCUAUUUCUUCUUUGGGGAAAGGGAUAGACUCUUCUUACCUGUCUUGGCUUUAGGUAGAGGUAGAAGAGGAGAGUUGUGGUUGAGAGGUGUUGAUUCAGAUGCACAUCAAUGUAUCACUUUUGCAAAAGUCCUCAUGGUUGGAUUAUGCAUGGCUAAAAUAGUUCCUGUUAUUGUUCAUGUGAGCACAAAUGUAAAAAGAUAAUGGUAAAAGCAAUAAUUGUUACAUUAUUAGCCAGUGCAAAAAAAAAAAAAAAAGAGUAAAAAAGGUGAUGCAUGUAGUUUUACUUUUUUUUGGCUUUUUUUUAAAUUAUAAUUUUUUAAAAAGUAAACUCGCCUUCGGAUUUUAUAACUAUCUUUUUAUGUAUUUUUUUUUUUUUCUUGUUACUAUUUGCUUAAGUGAUGCAAAGGAAAAAAUUGAUGGCAGCAGAUUGACACUGGUGGCACAUUUACAAAGUGAUUUUUGGGGAUAUUCUUAAGAAUUUUACAUUGCAGUAGAUGAUUGAAGUAUCUUAUUAGCUGCUGUACCAAAAGGCUUCCAUAUUACAAGUUUAAGGUAUGCCAUAAAAUCCAGUAUAUAUAAUUUUAUAUGCAAUUAUGUUGGAAACCUUUGUAUGUGUGAUGUCUGGAUGUACCACAUAACACUUAACAUAAAAAAUAGGUCGUGUAGAACAGAAAUAAAAAGGAGUAUGUAUAUUUAAGGCACAUAUGCAUGGUAAAUCAUUUUUGAUUUUAUGCAGUUGAGUAAGUUUUAUCAAAGUAGGAAGGUGUGUAACAUUUUUGAAGGUUUGAGUAAAUGUAGCACAUCACAGACAGAGAUGCAGCACAGUACUAGCUAUAUUCUUGUGUAUUUGUGUAUGAAUAUACAUUAUAUUAUAUUUUAAUAUAUACAUAUUUAUACAUAAGUUCUUAUGAAUACUGAUAGUGGUUUCUCUCACACUCUUAGUAUUUCCCCAUUUUCCUUCUUUUAUAUUCAUAGUCUGUGGUAUUUUAUUAUUUAUGCUAUAGUUCUAUUCUUUAAAACUGGCAGUGUUCUUGAGGUAGACUAGAUUGUGGGGAUUUGAAAACAUCUUAUACUCCAAUGUAUGUUCUCUUUUAGUAGAAGUACAUCUCUGUAGCACAACAAGUGUUUGUGUGAUAUCAGUUAUUUAUUGUAUUAAGAAGCUAUUCUAUAAUACAGCCGUUUUCUUUAGUGUAUUCUAAAUAUUGGGCUGUUUCAUCUUCAAAAAUUAAAAAUGUUUUAACAUACACAUUAUUAUACUUAACAAAAAUAAUGACAAAACAUUGCACAAUGCAAUUAGAUUAAGGUUGAAAAGAUGGAAGGCAAUUCAGAGUAUGUUUAUGCAUUCAAAUUGUCAAAUGUACAUCUCUUAACAUAUUUUUUCCCUCUUUUUUUUCAUACAGUUUUCUAUAUGUUCUUAUUUGGCCAAAAUAUUUUAAGCACAGUAUAUUUUAUAAUCUUUCAAACAAUAUACUUUAGUGAAUGAAAAGAUUUUGAAACCAUUAUAAGGCUAUUGUUUUUUCUUGCAUAUUUACACACAAUGAAGUUACAUACACAAAAUAUGAAAAUUGCAUUUGUAAAGGCCUGUCCACAAAGCAGGCAUGAUUGAUGGGUAUAAAAGUGGAUGGCUGUAUAGGUAAUGCCACAGAAAAAACGGAAACUACUUGUUUACAAAAUAGUGUCCCUAGCUGUGACAUCCUCUCAGCUUAUGCCUGCCCUUAAAAUGCCAAUAUGUAUUUGCUUGAGUGAAAAGUCCUUUAGGAUGGACAGAAUUUAUUGUGAUAAUUAUAGAAAAUGUAUAAAGAGAAGGUACAUCUCUUGCUCUUUCAUACUUUUUCUACAUUUCUAAGGGUACAAAAUCACAAAAAAUUCGGCCACCUAAUACUUCUUAAAAUGCAAUAGAAAAUACAAAUUUCUGUGUAUGAAAUGAGAAAUAAAUAUGUAUUUUAUGACAUUUGCUUUUUAAUAGAUGAGUUUUUGAUUUUUAAACAUGUUCUCUGAUAUUUUAUAUUAUAAUCAGUUUCAUUUGAUUAAGAUAUAAAUAUUGUGUUUAGUGAUGGGCACUGCAGGCAGACGUUGGUUCUAUGAUCUCAGUGUAAUGUGAUUUUUAUAUACUUCUAACAUAAAGCUAAGAUACCUAGCUUAAAAAAAUUGCAGUGUAAACUUGAUGCAAAAUACUAAGCUGCCUAUUUUGCCUGUUAUUUUUAUUGGCAAAAAAUGUCUUUGGCAAUACAUUUUUUUUUGUUUUUGGAAUAAGUUUUAAGUAUACAAAAAAAUGAAUUUAAGUAGUAUACCAGAACUAUUUACAUUAAUAUGUAAAAUUAUUAAAACAUUUUCCUUCUCAAGCAGAAUUAUCAUUAGCUAAUCAGGAAUGUGUUUUCUUGCAUUGGACCAAAUAAAUUGCAAGAUAAAAUUCACUGGGAUUUUGUGACUGCAUUCACAAUACUUUUUAAUAGAUCUAAUGUUUUAAUAGAUCUUUUGAUAGUUAAAAGUAUGUCAAUGUUCAUGGAAUUCUUGGAAGUAUAACAGUUCAAGUAUAACAAGGAAAUUGCAGCUAAAUCUCUCUUAUGAUGAAGGAUCAGAUUACACUGGCAUAAUUAUCAUAUCUAUUUAUUUUUAUUACCACAAAUUGAUACUGUAUAUAACAGAAGUUUUAUGAAUUUAUUAUUCAGAAUGAUAUAUUAGGAUAAGAUUUUUUUUCUUCUUUUUUCCCUCUCCUUAUUAUAGAAUUUAUAACUAGCUAUAAUUAUAUUUCUGCUGAGUUCAGGGUGUGGUGUUUAACAUUAGUAUUAGCUUGGCUGGUAUGUUAUAUGUAAAGAGUUUACACUACUGUAUUUGGUGAUGAAAGAAGCAAAUUUGGCUCUUGUCAUAAAAAAAAAAAAAAAAUUGUUAUUCUGUGUUCUGAAGCCCAUCUUUUGAGGAAUUUUGACCAUUUAUACAUUGAAUUUCAUUGAGUCACAACACUUUGGCAUGUAAAGAUAUGUUCUUAAAUUUCAAAUAUCACAUUCCAGAAGUAUAAGUGCCUUCUUGUAAUAUUUUUUUUAUGGUUUAAAAAAACAAAUCAUUUCUGCAGGUCUUGCAGACAAAACAAUAAAAAAAAACUACUCUCAUCAGAAACUAAACAUUUUCUUAUAUACACAUAAUAGGAUAAGCAGUUAUGAUUUAGAGUAAGGAAAUGAUAGUUAAAAGCAAAUCUGUGUCAAAACCCCACAAUAUUUAUAUAUAUAUAUAUAUAUUUAUAUAUAUAUAUAAAAUGAUUGUAUGGAGGAUUUAUUUUAUUUUUAAAUAUGGGAUAUUUAUUUGUUGACUUUUCCAUCAUUUUUGGACUAAUUCAUUCUGGUUUCUCAUUUUGAGGUGCCACACUGUAGGGUUAUGUGUUACUUGUUUUUCUAAUGAGAAAAGGUUUUACAUAUGGUGUAGUGAUGAGUAUAUUUUGUGUAAUUUGUGUGCACCGCAAAAGUGUACCGCAAAUCAUAAAGUGUUAACUUAGCUAAAA